CGCGCACCGCGUUUCGCAUCGCGCGACGCGAGAGCGAACCUCGGCCGCGCUCGCGCGAGCACGCGAACCCCGCGGCAGGUCGACGCUCGUCCCCCUCGACGCCGAGCCGAGCCGAGAGGAAGCGAUCGAUCGUCGCGGACGACGAGAUCCGGGCACCCCCGUCGCGGCCGUCCAUCGUCCGCGCGCCCGCCCGCGACGCGCGACGCGACGUCGUCAUCCCCUCGUCCGUCAUGUCGAGCGGAUGGAACAACUUCAAGAAGGGCUGGGACGAGAAGGUCGUGCCGAAGAUGAAAGAGAUCGGGGAGAAGAUGGCGCCGCCGGCGAAGCCGAAGCCGCCCGAGCGCCCGGAGCUGCUGCCCCUUCGCGAGCUGCAGAAGAUCCCGCCGCCGCACCCGGACGGCACCCCGGAGGCGAGGCUCCUCGUCGUGCUUCAGCCCCCCGAGGAGCUCCCGCCGCCGCCGGCGCCCGCGGGGACGUAUAACUUCUGCGUACUGGUCGGGAACACGCUCCACGUCAGCGGCAUCGGGCCCCUCGCGCCGACGGCGGAGUCGCACCUCGGUCCGGCGGCGGACGCGGCGAAUGGCGUCCGAGCCGCGCGGGCGUGCGCGCUGACGAUGUUGAGCGUGUUGCGGAAGAAACUCGGGAGCUUGAACCAUAUCAAGCGGCUCGUGAAAGCGAACGGGUUCGUGGUGGUCGCGGAUCCCGCUCCCGCGUCUGUCGGCGGACGACAUCCGGAGAUGAUGAACGGAUUCAGCGAGACGAUGAUGGAGAUUUUCGGCGAACGCGGCAAGGGCGCGAGAUCCGUCGUUGGCGUCGCCUCGCUGCCGAGGGGGUGGACGAUGGAAGUCGACGCCGUGUUCGAGCUGCACGACAACUUGUGAUCGAUAUCGACUCGCGCGCGCACAGUGCGUCGAAGUUUUAGUUUCGCGUCGCGACAGACAGUAUCACAUUACAAACCCUCCCU